AUGGCCGCAAACGACGGCAAGGGCGACUACAAGGUCGUCAUCGACCAGGAGCAGGAGCCCGCACUCGCAUCCUCCCGCCAGCCCAGCUUCGCCGUGCAGGGCGGUCUCGCCGGUCCCGGGAGGCUCUCCCAGCAGUCGCAGUAUGACCGCCUGCUCAACCACCCGGCCCUGCCAGUCAUGUGCUACUGCGCCUCGAGCAUCCUCAUGACUGUCGUCAACAAGUUCGUCGUCUCGGGCAAGGGCUUCAACAUGAACUUCCUCCUCCUGACGAUUCAGUCGGUCGUGUGCGUCGGGUGUGUGAUUACGGCGAAGCGGCUCGGCGUCAUCACCUUCCGCGAUUGGGACCGGGAAGACGCGCGGAAGUGGUUCCCCAUCUCCUUCCUCCUCGUUUCCGUCAUCUACACCGGCUCAAAGUCACUGCAAUACCUCUCUGUCCCCGUCUACACCAUCUUCAAGAACUUGACCAUCAUCCUAAUCGCCUAUGGCGAGGUUCUCUGGUUCGGCGGAUCUGUCACGCCGCUCACCCUCGUUUCUUUCUUCCUCAUGGUCCUGUCGUCAAUGAUGGCAGCCAGUCCCGACAUCCUCAACUGGCUCAACGGUGUUCAGGCGGCGCCCAAGCCCGGAGGACAGUCGAGCGCGGGAUAUGCAUGGAUGAUGGUCAAUUGCUUCGUCUCGGCCGGCUACGUCCUCGCCAUGCGUAAGCGCAUCAAGGUCACCAACUUCAAGGACUGGGACUCGAUGUUCUACAACAACCUUUUGUCGAUUCCGGUUCUCGUCUUCUUCUCCCUCAUCUUCGAGAACUGGACCGGUGCCAACCUCGCCAAGAACUUCCCUGAAGAGACUCGGUCAUCCCUGCUCUCGCUCAUGGCGUUCUCAGGCGCCGCAGCAGUCUUCAUCUCGUACUGCACGGCGUGGACAGUCCGCACAACCUCGUCGACCACUUUCAGUAUGGUCGGCGCGCUCAACAAGCUUCCCGUCGCGGCGUCCGGCAUCCUCUUCUUCGGCGAUCCCGCCACAUUCGCCAACGUCUCGUCUAUUCUCGUCGGCUUCUUCGCUGGGCUCGUCUAUUCGGCAGCCAAGACGGCGCAGUCCUCAGCCGCAAAACCCAACGUACCGGUCGAGCUCGGCAAGACUCGUGGCUAG